UUCAAUUAUUUAUUAAACAAUACUGUGUAAUAACUUUGUUAUUCGUGCCGCAAUGGCGCAAAAUGAAUUUAACACAUUUCGAAGUUAUGUCAAUAUAUUAAGUGAUCCUGCAGCAAAAGAGGAAAUUAAAUUUAAAGCUGCACAAGAGCUUAGUGAACAUUUUGAACUAAUUGUACAAAGUCCGUCAUAUCCUGCAUUUUUAGAACUAGCAUUGAAAGUAUUUAUAAGGAUAUUGCAAGAUGGAGACCCUCAAUUUAUUCAGGAAAAUAGUUCUCAACAUAUACGAAAACUGAUAUUGGAAAUGAUUCAUCGAUUACCUAUAAGUGAAAAUUUGCGACAACAUGUAAAACCAAUAAUUUCAGUAAUGCUCAAGAUUUUAAGAAGCGAUAACGAAGAAAACGUAUUGGUUAGUCUGAGGAUCAUAAUUGAACUGCAUAAACAUUUUCGGCCGUCAUUUAAUCCAGAAGUUCAACAUUUCCUUUUGUAUGUAAAGGAUAUAUAUACCGAGUUACCAAAUCAUAUGAAUAAAAUUUUUGAACAAAAGCAGCAGCCGAUGCGAGUAAAAGAUAUUAAAGAAUUAAAUAUCGAUCACCUUUUAUCAAUAACAUAUGCUCCAAGGGUAAUAAAUGUGGAAAAUUUGCAAGACUCUCCCCCACAAGUAUUUAAUCUUUUACCAAAAGGGGUAUUAUCGUUAAGAGUAUUGCAAGAGUUACCCAUAAUCGUUGUAUUAAUGUACCAGAUAUAUAAAACUGCGGUUCAUCAAGAAGUUUCUGAAUUUAUUCCAUUGAUUAUGACUACAAUAAACUUACAACCAUCAUUUCAACACAGAAAUUCUGCGGAUCUUAAUAAAGAAAUAUUCGUUGAUUUUAUGGGGGCACAAGUUAAGACUUUAUCAUUUUUAGCCUAUAUUGUUAGGAUAUUUCAGGACUUAAUACUCACUCAUUCAGCUUCAGUUACUAAUGGAAUGCUUAGUUUAAUGGAACUAUGCCCAAAAGAGGCUGCUCAUUUGAGAAAAGAGUUGCUGAUAGCUGCUCGUCAUAUUUUUGCAACAGAUCUUCGACAAAAAUUCGUCCCUAUUAUUGAGAAGUUGUUCAAUGAAGAUUUAUUAAUUGGAAAAGGAGUUACUUUGGAAUCUAUCAGACCUUUAGCAUACUCAACACUUGCGGAUUUAGCGCACCAUGUGCGACAGAGUUUGUCUCUGGAUGUGUUAGAAAAAGCAGUGAAUUUAUUUUCAAAAAAUGUUCAUGAUGAAUCUCUUGCAACCGGCAUUCAAACCAUGUCUUGUAAAUUAUUGUUGAACUUAGUGGACUGCAUUAGACAGCACAGUGAAAUGGAUGCUGGCAAAGCAAGAAACAUACUGGUUUCGUUAUUAAAAGUAUUUGCCUACAAAUUCAAAACUAUAGCGAAAAUUCUAUUGCCUCCAAUCAUAGAUAAAUGGAAGAGUCAGUCUUCCUUACAAACAUCGAGUUUAUCACCAGGAUCUUCAAAUUCAAUUGGUAACAAUACUUAUGAGUACAAAGAUGGCUUUACGGAAAAUACAUCUAGUGAUCAAUCAAUGAAAACGAAUAUUGGGAGCCACUGGAUAUGCCCUGCUAAUAUAGUCGAAUAUCGAGGUUUAGUAAAAACCUUAGUUGGUGGUGCUAAAACUAUUACUUGGGGUUUCAUAAGUUCUAAGCCUGUUUGUGCCGACGUUGUAAAAAGUAAUCAAGAAAAGUUAUUUGAUUCAAGUGAGCUAAAAAUUUAUAUUGAUUUGGUAUAUUGGGCGAUGGAGGCUUUGGAUAUAUAUACAAUAAGUAUCGCUACUAAUAACCAGCAAAGAACAUCCAACCAAGGUCCAAGAACCAAAGAGGAAAAAGAAGUUCUGGAACAUUUCAGUGGCAUUUUUCUUAUGAUGCAUCCUCAAAAUUUUCAAGAAGUUUUCGCAACUACUAUUGAUUUUAUGGUCGAUCGGAUUUCUAAAAACUCCUCGCUUCAAGUCGUUGCGAACUCGUUCUUGGCGAAUCCUACUACAUCACCUCUAUUCGCAACAGUUCUUGUUGAGUAUUUGUUAGGAAAAAUGGAUGAAAUGGGUUCAAACAUUGAUCGUUCACCUUUAUAUUUGCGAUUGUUUAAAUUGGUAUUUGGGAGCGUUAGUUUAUUUCCAGUGGAAAAUGAGCAGAUGCUUCGUCCACAUUUACAUAACAUUGUCAACAGGUCAAUGGAAUUGGCAUUAACGGCGGAAAAUCCAUACAAUUACUUCCUACUAUUACGUGCAUUAUUUAGAUCAAUUGGAGGAGGAAGUCACGAUUUAUUAUAUCAAGAGUUUCUGCCAUUGCUACCAAAUUUACUAGAAGGAUUAAAUCGUUUGCAGAGUGGAUUUCACAAACAGCAUAUGAAAGACCUUUUUGUUGAGUUAUGUUUGACUGUACCUGUUAGAUUGUCUUCUUUAUUGCCAUAUUUACCAAUGCUUAUGGAUCCUUUGGUUUCUGCACUCAAUGGCUCAUCAACAUUAAUAAGUCAGGGUUUGAGGACUUUAGAACUUUGCGUAGAUAAUCUACAACCAGACUUUUUGUACGACCACAUUCAACCUGUGCGUGCAUCUUUAAUGCAGGCUCUUUGGCGAACUCUCAGAAAUCAAGACAAUGCUGCCCUUGUUGCUUUUCGUGUACUUGGAAAGCUUGGAGGAGGAAAUAGAAAAAUGAUGACAGAGCCGCAGACAUUGCAGUUUAGAGAAAACGAUGCGGUCCCCGUUGCAGUUAUUACCUAUUUUCAAGAUCAUGACAAACCUAUUGAUUUCCCAGUGGAAAAAGCUAUUGAAACUGCACUUACGGCACUUAGUUUUAAGACGACAGAUGAUUUUUACAGAAGACAAAGUUGGGAAACUAUUCGCUGCUUUUUAGCUGCUUCUAUUAAUCUUGAUGAUGACAAACAUACUUUGCAGAAAUUAUUUUUGCACAAUAGUUUCACAGAAGGGAACAUCAUGAUUUCACCAAUCAUUCAAAGUAAAUUAGAAGAAGAUAAUUCACGUAAAACACAUCAGGUAGCAUUGACUGGAAUGCUAGUGGCCUCCGCAAUAAAAGAGCUACGAGAAUCAGUUUUUCCGGUUAUGGUUGCCGUUGUCCGGCACUAUACUAUGGUAGCAAUAGCUCAAGAGGCAGGUCCGUUUCCAUAUAAGCAUUACCAUAGCUCUCAAGGUGUUGACCCACUUGUGCUAAUCGAUGCCCUUGCUGUAUGUAUGGGUCAUGAGGAAAAAGAAUUGUGCAAGCCCGGUCAUCUAUGUAUGGAACUUAUAUUGGAGACAGCCAGCACAAUAAUGGGAACAAAAGAAAGGGCAUGCCGACUACCACUUAUUCAAUAUCUUGUUGAAAAAAUGACUGCGCUUUGCUAUGAGCGACCGUGGUACGCUAAAGUAGGCGGAUGCAAAGCUAUCCAAUUUUUAUAUCAGCAUAUGUCAUUGAAGUCUCUUUAUCAGCACCUAUUCACAUUUUUAAAAGCUUUUCUUUUUGUUUUAAUGGAUUUGGAAUGCGAAGUAUCCAGCGGUGCUAUAGACGUAGCUAAGAGUAACUUGAGAAACAUGCUCCAAUUAUGCAUGGUGCCUCUAGAAAAUGAAAACAAUAAUGAAGAUAUAAUUACUUUUCAAAAUAAGGCAAUGUAUGAAAUUGUUCAUGAGCUCGUUAGACAAGUAACAAGCUCCAACGCCUUGGUUCGAGAAGAAGCAAUGUCAUCACUUAAUUUCAUUGCUAAAUUACAAAAGAAAACAGUUUAUGAGAUCAUGGAUCCACAUAAAGAGGUUUUAGCUGAUAUAAUACCCCCCAAAAAGCACUUGUUAAGACAUCAACCGGCGAAUGCACAGAUUGGUUUAAUGGAAGGGAAUACGUUUUGCACCACUCUUGAUCCAAGGCUUUUCACGAUAAAUCUUACUAACAAUUACCACAGAUUGUUUUUUCAUGAGUUGUUAACUCUUAGUGAAGCUGAAGAUGCGACUCUUAAUAAGUUGGAUUGUUACAAAAAUGUGCCGAAUCUUAUACCACUACGAAAAAGUGCUUUAAAAGCAUUGGCUGCUUGUCAUUACAUUACUGAUAGUCAGUGCAAAGAAAAAAUUAUCAACAUCCUCUUUAAAGUAAUGGAGAGCAACAAAGAGGAAUUACAGGAAGCAGCAUUUAAUUGCACCAAAAUUUUUAUAUCUGGAAUUCACAUCGAUAAGGAAAAGGUUCACGCUGGCAUGCGACCAUUACUUUUAACUUUGGGCGAUCAUCGAAAUCUUUCACUAACCGCAACUAAACGGCUUUCGUAUUUCACACAAUUAUUUCCUCAAAUGUUUAAUGAAAAACUAAGUGAACAAAUACUGCAGCAUUGCCAAAAAAUUUUAGAAAUGUCAAUUACAAAUCACAAAUCAAGUACUAAUCAAGGCGGAAAUUUUUUUACGAUUGCUAAACGUGAUGAAUAUGAGCAAAAAGUAAUUACUUUAAUUGAAAUGUUUCAUCAAAUAACAGCAGCUUCUCCGAAAUACAUUGACAGUCUCUGUCAGCUUGUAUUGAAAACCGAAAAAAGUCUAAUGAUCGAAUCGUCAAGUCCGUACCGCGAACCUCUAAUAAAAUUUUUACUUCGGUUCCCUUCUGAAACCGUUGAUUUAUUCCUUUCAGAUAGCAUAAUAGUAAAUGUUCAGUGGAACAGGUUCUUUUUAUAUUUAUUAAACCACAAAUGUGGUCAACCAUUUCGUUCUGUUAUAAAAACACAUAAAUGCAGUAUUUUGGUUAAAUUUAUUAAUGGAAUAUUGAAUUCGAAUGCACAAUUCGAUCAGUCACAAAAAUAUGAAGCAUUGCAUCAAGCUGUUCUGUUAGUACAUACAAUCAUGGAAAAAGAUGAACAGUGGAUUCCUACACAAACGGAACUUGUGUUAGCAUUAAAAAAGUUAUGGGAAAUAAACUUAUAUAGCACUUGUCAAGAUAAUGUCACAUGUGAUUUGUGGCAUUUAGUUGGAAUGAUAUUAUUAAAAUAUUUUUCACAUAACACCAAUGAUAUUGAUUUACUGUUCCAACUGCUACGUGCCCUUUGUUUACAUUUCAUUCCGGAUUUUCAUUUUCUAAGAGAAUUUCUACAAAAUACUGUGGCUCAAAGUUACACAGUGGACUGGAAGAGAAAAGCAUUUUUCCACUUUGUGGAAAAAUUUAACGGAACGUCGCUUUCUGAAGAUCUUAAAGCAAAAAUUAUAACAGCUCUGCUUAUACCUUGCUUCGUGGUAAGCUUUGAUAAAAGGGAAGGAAAUAAAUUGAUAGGGGCACCUCCAACAUCAUAUACUGACGAUGAUAAUAAUGUGGUAUCUGUUUUUAUAAGUAAGGUUUUUGACCCUGACAAGCCGUAUGCAAAUGAGGAUGCUGUCAGAAUCGCUUUACUACAAUUCGCUUGUUUACUUGUGGAAAGAGCUUCCCAGCAUAUACAUGACGGUGAUGCUAAUAAUAAACGCCAGGGUAACAAACUUCGCCGUCUAAUGACAUUUGCUUGGCCUUGUUUACUUAGUAAAAGUUCCGUGGACCCAACUGCCCGAUAUCAUGGGCAUCUUCUUUUGGCUCACAUAAUUGCUCGAUUGGCUAUACACAAAAAGAUUGUUUUACAGGUAUUUCUUUCAUUACUAAAGGGUCAUGCCCUUGAGGCCAGACCUGUCGUUCGCCAGGCUCUUGAUGUUUUAACUCCAGCAAUGCCUUUACGAAUGGAAGACGGAAAUACUAUGUUGACCCAUUGGACAAAGAAAAUAAUCGUUGAAGAAGGACAUUUAAUGCAGCAGCUAUUUCAUAUUCUUCAGUUGAUUGUUCGACACUAUAAGGUAUAUUAUCCCGUUCGCCAUCACUUGGUGCAACAUCUUAUUAACUAUAUGCAACGUCUUGGAUUUCCUCCCACUGCGUCGUUGGAGCAUAGAAAGCUAGCUGUAGACAUUGCUGAUGUUAUUAUUAAAUGGGAGGGACAACGCAUUAAAGAUGACGAAAAGGACACAAAAUCAGAGGAUAUAACUGGCGAUGAUGGGGUGUCGGUAUCCGAUAAUAUGAAUAAACGGGCAUCUGAUGAAGCUAAUUUGCAGCGCAAGAAAAGUAUUGCCACGGAUGGUUCGCGAAAUCAUAUCAGUCAAAGUGCAGCUGGCAUUUCUCAAAGUCAAAAGAUAGAUGACGGUUUUCGUUCGUUAGAAAAAACUCAUUGUGACACAGUGCUUAAUUUCCUUAUUCGUCUUGCGUGUCAAGUAAAUGAUAACCAACCUGCAGUUAUUUCUCCUAGCGAGGGAUUAUCUCGGAAAUGCAUAACUCUUUUGAAAUCGGCAAUGCAAAAUAAAUGGCCCCAACCAUUCGAACUUAAACUUAAUUGGUUGGAUAAGGUUUUUAUGACUAUUGAAACACCAACGCCAAAUUUGAGUAAUAUUUGUACUGGGUUAGAUUUUGUAACAUUUUUAACAACAAUUUUACCCGCUGAUCAAUUACUGCAAACAAUAAGACCAAUCCAAAGAGGACUUUCAAACUGUAUUAUUCAUCAAAAUACACGGAUAGUUCGUCUUAUGAAUGCAUUUCUCACAAGGCUUAUGUCAAUUUUCCCUCCAGAUAUAAAUCAUAAACACGAGGAUCUUGAUACAUUAUAUAGUGCUAUAAGCAAAAUGAUUUCAGAUAAUUUGACCUUAUACGAGAAAAGCCCCCAACCCAAUCCACCCUCUUUAUUUGGAACCCUAAUGGUAUUAAAAGCUUGUUCAUCUAAUAAUCCAAGUUAUAUAGACAAGCUGAUGUUGCAAUUUAUAAGAGUUUUGAACCGAUUGACAAAAGACCAUCUGAAUACGCAAGGUAAUGGACAACCUAUGACAACCAAUGCGGAUAACGUGGAAUUACUAGUCCUGUCAUUGGAUUUAAUAAAAAAUCGAAUAAUAAUUAUGGGUGUUGAAGUGCGAAAAUUAUUUAUUGGAAAUAUUCUGGUUAAUCUCAUAGAGAAAAGUUUGGACGUCAAUGUAUUAGAAUCUAUAAUACAAAUGCUCGAUGAAUGGAUCAAAGCGAAAGAACAAAAUCCCACAAUGCAAAUACCUUCGAUAAGAGAAAAAUCGAUAUUACUAGUAAAACUUAUGCAAUAUUUAGAGAAGAAGUUUUCAGAUGUGAAAAAAUUGAAUAUCCAGUUCCUAGAAAUUGUCAACUAUAUAUAUCGAGAUGAAUAUUAUAAACAAACUGAAUUGACAGCUAAACUGGAAGGGGCCUUUUUAACUGGUCUAAGAUGCCAGGAUCCACAAAUAAGAUCAAAAUUUUUUGAGAUCUUAGAUGCAUCAAUGAGAAGAAGACUUCACGAUCGACUUCUUUACAUCAUAUGUUCCCAAGCUUGGGAUUCUAUUGGCACACAUUAUUGGAUAAAACAGUGCAUUGAACUAUUGGUGUUGACUACCAAUACUAUGACGGAAAUUCAAAACUCAUGUGAAGCACAUAAGGUUCCUAGUAUUAAAUCAGUUAUAAAUCUUGCUGAAGGUCAGGACAAAAGUAGCUUCGUUAUAUAUACUUCAUCCCAGGUUGAAUCGUUUGAUAAUACUCAAGUUGAAGAUAAAGAAGAUGUUUUUGAUAACGAUCUUGAAUCGAAUUGGAGUGUAAAUCGCAGUAAUGAUAGUGAUAAGGAAAAUCCAAAGCGAAAACUGCAGGCUCUUAUUAAUAAACAAAUUGAAUUUUUGGAAGCUAAUCGAAAAAUUAAUACGGAACAAUUAAUAAUAGCUAUUGCUCAACUAUGCCAUAUGGAUAUACAGUUAGCUGAAAGCGUGUGGUUAAUAAUUUUUCCAAGGUUGUGGACAAUUUUCGACGAGGAGCAACAGCAUUUAAUUGCCAGGGAACUUGUCCCAUUUCUUUCCUCUGGUAGUAAUGUAGUCCAAAAAGAUUGCUUUCCAAGUGCACUUAAUACGUUUGUAGAAAGCUUGAUGCAAUGUGAUCCUCCCAUAUAUAUUCCACCGUAUUUAAUGUCCUAUUUAGGAAGAGCUCACAAUUUAUGGCACAGAAUGACUUUAGUACUAGAGGAACUCCAUCAUGGCACUAGAAAAAUUUCCGCGGAAAAUUCCGAAUCAGAUCUGAACGAUACAUUAUCAACCGUGAAAAAAAACGUAAUAUAUGAUUCUCUCUCCCAAAUGUACGCUACUAUGCAUGAAGAAGACCUUUGGGCUGGCUUAUGGUUGAAGUAUGCGCAUUAUCCAGAGACUAAUAUUGCAAUAGCAUACGAGCAAAUGGGAUUUUUUGAAGAAGCUCAAGGAGCGUAUGAUUUGGCAAUGUCGAAAUUUAAACAUGACCAAGCCAAUGGAUUAAUUAACACAGAUGUUAAUACUGAAUUGAUUCUUUGGGAAAACCAUUGGAUACGGUGUGCAAAAGAAUUAAAUCAGUGGGAUAUUUUAUUAGAUUAUGCUCAAACAAAUAAAGAAAAGAAUAUGUUUCUAAUUCUUGAAAGUGCAUGGAGAGUACCAGACUGGAAUUUAAUGAAGAACGCAAUUUCUAAAACGGAGCAAUCUUUUGCAAAGCAAUUUGGAUAUAAAAUUCAUUUGUACAAAGGCUUUUUGGCGAUAUUACAUCAGGAAGAUCGUCAACUUCUAAAUGUGGAGAGACAUAUUGAAAACGCAUCUGCGUCGUGCAUGAAGGAAUGGCGAAAGUUGCCAUCUAUAGUUUCCCAUAUACAUUUACAGUAUUUACAGGCUGCUCAACAGAUAAUGGAAUUACACGAAGCCAGCACUAUACAUCAAGGCUUAGUUCAGUCCCGAAACACUUCCAUUCACGAUAUGAAGGCUAUUGUAAAGACAUGGCGAAAUCGCUUGCCAGUAGUAGCAGACGAUUUAUCACAUUGGAGCGAUAUAUUCACAUGGCGACAGCAUCACUACCAGAUAAUCACUCAGCACCUUGAGCAGCAGUCAGAUCAGGGAAACACCAUGCUUGGAGUACAUGCUUCAGCACAAGCAAUAAUUUACUUCGGAAAGAUCGCCAGAAAACAUAACUUAACUGGAGUUUGUCAAGAGACGUUAUCUCGAAUAUAUACCAUACCUUCAGUACCAAUUGUAGACUGUUUCCAGAAAAUACGUCAACAAGUCAAGUGUUAUUUGCAAAUGGCCGCUUCUUCGGGAAAAACUGAAUUAAAUGAAGCCCUCGAAGUAAUUGAGUCAACAAAUCUAAAAUAUUUCACAGGUGAAAUGAAUGCGGAAUUCUAUGCCCUAAAAGGGUUACUUUUAGCUCAGAUCGGUCGUUCGGAAGAAGCAGGCAAAGCUUUUAGCGCAGCGGUCCAACUUCAUGACGGUCUAACAAAAGCUUGGGCCAUGUGGGGAGAUUAUAUGGAACAAAUGUUUCUUAAAGAUAAGCAAAUGGUGCUAGCCGUUAACGCGAUCACUUGUUAUUUACAUGCUUGUCGACACCAAAAUGAAAGCAAAACGAGAAAAUAUUUGGCAAAAGUUUUGUGGUUUUUGUCCUACGAUAACUCAAGUGGUACCCUUAUGAGUACUUUAGAAAAGUAUGUGGUAGGCGUACCACCUUCAUAUUGGCUGCCAUGGAUUCCACAACUGCUUUGUUGUUUAGUACAGUACGAAAGUAACGUCAUUUUGAACUUAUUGAGUCAUGUAGGACGUUUAUAUCCCCAAGCCGUGUACUUUCCCAUUCGUACAUUGUACCUAACGUUGAAAAUUGAACAAAGAGAAAAACACAAAACUGCUGAACAAGCCGGGUGUAUGGGGAAACUCCAAACUACGGUUAUCGACAGUCAAAAUACUGGACAAUCGGUGAAUUCACAAUCUAAUUCUGGAUCCACAGUUAACCCAAUUAAAGCAACACCUUCAAUGUGGCGUUGCUCAAAAGUUAUGCAUGUUCAACGUGAAAUUCACCCCACAAUUCUCAGCUCAUUAGAAGGCAUAGUAGAUCAAAUGGUUUGGUUCAGAGAAAGCUGGACAGAAGAAGUACUGAGACAAUUACGACAGGGUCUUAUUAAAUGUUAUGCAAUUGCAUUUGAAAAUAGAAGCGCUGUUAACGAGGCUACAAUUACCCCACACACCCUACAUUUCGUUAAAAAGUUAGGAUCUACAUUUGGCAUUGGCAUCGAAAAUAUACCGGGGUCAGUAGCAACAUCUGCCUCCAAUUCAGCGGCUUCUGAAUCCAUAGCGCGUAGGGCUCAAGUGACAUUUCAGGAUCCCGUCUUUCAAAAAAUGAAAGAACAAUUUACAAACGAUUUCGAUUUCUCCAAACCGGGAGCUAUGAAAUUACAUAACCUUAUUUCAAAAUUAAAAACAUGGAUAAAAGCUCUAGAGGCUAAGGUUAAAAAGUUGCCAACUUCAUUUCUCAUUGAAGAUAAAUGUCGAUUUUUGUCGAACUUUAGUCAAAAGACUGCGGAAGUGGAAUUGCCGGGUGAAUUAUUACUACCGUCCUCUUCCCAUUAUCAUAUUCGCAUCGCAAGAUUUAUGCCACGGGUGGAAAUUGUUCAAAAGAACAACACGGCAGCAAGAAGGCUAUAUAUUCGUGGCACUAAUGGAAAAAUUUAUCCAUAUUUGGUUGUCAUAGACACUGGACUCGGUGAUGCCCGAAGAGAAGAACGUGUGUUGCAAUUAAUGCGAAUGCUUAACUAUUAUUUAGAAAAACAAAAAGAAACUGCAAGACGUUUUCUUAACAUGACUAUUCCCAGAGUAGUUCCUAUUUCGCCGCAGAUGCGUUUGGCUGAAGACAAUCCAACAAGCAUUUCUUUAAAAGAAAUUUAUAAGAAGUGUUGUCUAAAGCUUAAAAUAGAUCACGACCUACCGAUUGUGAAGUAUUAUGAUCGCCUCUCUGAAGUUCAGUCGCGAGGUACUCAAACCACACAUACCGUUUUGUGCGAUAUAUUUUGUGAAGUACAAACCACAAUGAUUCAAAGUACUUUAUUUAAGAAUUGGGCUCUUAAUAGAUUCCUUUCUUCCACGGAUUUCUGGCAGUUCAGAAAAAUGUUAACACUGCAGUUAGCACUUGCGUUCUUAUGUGAGCACGCUCUUCAUUUGACUAGAUUGAAUGCUGAUAUGAUGUAUAUACAUCAGGACUCUGGUUUAAUGAAUAUUUCAUAUUAUAAAUUCGAUAUUAACGAUGAGAAGGAAGAGCUCGAUUCCAAUAGACCUGUACCCUUUCGACUUACACCUAAUAUUGCUGAGUUUGUAACAAAUAUUGGAAUAACAGGUCCCUUGUCUGCGGGUAUGGUGGCAACCGCACGCUGCUUUGUGCAGCCAAAUUAUAAACUUUGCUCCAUACUGAAAGCGAUCCUCAGAGACGAAAUAAUUGCUAUACAGAAGAAACGUAUUCGUGAUAAUAAACUUGUAGAACCAUUACCAGAUUCAGCCAUUGAUAUGAAUGCUAUGGAUAACACCAUAGGUUUGGUCAAUAAAGCUGUCGCAGUGAUAAUGUCACGUCUAAAUGCAAUUUCAUACUUUGAUAAUACAGAAUCUAAAAAAGUAACAAAUUUGAUACAAUCUGCAAUAAAUCCAGAUAAUUUAUGUCGG